CUGGGCGCGCAGGGGCCCGGGCCCCCGCCCGGCGCGCAACGGCACCAUGGGCACGGUGCUGUCCUUGUCCCCCAGCUACCGGAAGGCCACGCUGUUUGAGGAUGGCACGGCCACAGUGGGCCACUACACGGCCGUACAGAACAGCAAGAACGCCAAGGACAAGAACCUGAAGCGGCACUCCAUCAUCUCCGUGCUGCCGUGGAAGAGGAUCGUGGCCGUGUCGGCCAAAAAGAAGAACUCCAAGAAGGUGCAGCCCAACAGCAGCUACCAGAACAACAUCACGCACCUCAACAAUGAGAACCUGAAGAAGUCGCUGUCGUGCGCCAACCUGUCCACGUUCGCCCAUCCCCCGCCGGCCCAGCCACCUGCACCCCCUGCCAGCCAGCUCUCAGGCUCCCAGACCGGGGUCUCUUCCUCUGUCAAGAAGGCCCAGCAUCCUGCUGUCACCUCGGCAGGGACACCCAAACGGGUCAUCGUUCAGGCGUCCACCAGUGAGCUGCUGCGCUGCCUGGGCGAGUUUCUCUGCCGCCGGUGCUACCGCCUGAAGCACCUGUCCCCCACGGACCCUGUGCUUUGGCUGCGGAGCGUGGACCGCUCUCUGCUUCUGCAGGGCUGGCAGGACCAGGGCUUCAUCACGCCGGCCAACGUGGUCUUCCUCUACAUGCUCUGCAGGGAUGUUAUCUCCUCCGAGGUGGGCUCGGAUCACGAGCUCCAGGCCGUCUUGCUGACCUGCCUGUACCUCUCCUACUCCUACAUGGGCAACGAGAUCUCCUACCCGCUCAAGCCCUUCCUGGUGGAGAGCUGCAAGGAGGCCUUUUGGGACCGCUGCCUCUCGGUCAUCAACCUCAUGAGCUCCAAGAUGCUCCAGAUCAAUGCCGACCCGCACUACUUCACACAGGUGUUCUCUGACCUGAAGAAUGAGAGUGGCCAGGAGGACAAGAAAAGGCUUCUCCUGGGGCUUGAUCGAUGAGCCCUGUGGCCUGCAUCAUGGCUCAAGGAUUCAGUUCAUUUCUAAAAAUUUAUUAUUAAACAAAUCAGAGUUUUGUGUACAGUAUGUGUCUAGCAAAAGCCACCAAGGGCAUCACCCUUCCCACUUUUUCCCCCUGGGUUUUUUUUUCCAGCCCUGUCAAGAACUCUGGGCACUUCUGAACUCAUGAACCUUGUGCAAAACCCAGAAGAUGUAUUCGGAGCAGUUCAGCUCUUACUUUGGGGAACUCAAAGGACUGACCCAGCUCUGCCGCCUGUGCUCUCUUGGGAGCCAGGAUGGGCGAACCUACUCGCUGCCCCCUGGAUGGGGCCGGAGAGGGGCCUCCGGCCGGUGAGCCCAGGGAGGAAUUGGGGUUUCUGGUUGCAGGCCCUGUUCUGGCUCCUGUUUUGGGUUGUUCAUUCUCUGAGAGGCUGCUGGAGCCAGCCGGCCUGACUGAGCCAUGUGUGGGGUUGAGGCCAGAUUGCUGCUGCCCUGAAGCAGUAUCUUCCACGGAGAAGUCUAGUCUAGCGCAGAGAUUGUGCCCUGCGGUUUGACUGUGCAUGGCCCCUGGUUUGCUCUUUUUUCUUUUUUAGGGAGAAGGGCUUUCCUUUAGUGGAGAAAUGGAACUUGUCCUCUACCCCACCUCUCCACUGUUCCCAGCCAGGUUGAUAGUGCUGGCUGAUGAGCUGGUUUGACUCACUAAGUUCUUUCAUGUUGGGUCCCAGCUAAAGGGGUGGGGUAAAGCUGGGGACAGCUCCUUUCCUGGGUGAAUUACUCACUUGAAUAAUGCAGCUUAGUCACCGUAUGGUGAGCUCUGUCAGCCGCAGGUGCCCGCUGGCCAGGGCUUGCUUUCUGGGUAGGUGGGGGGUGCCCUUCUAGGGGCUAAGGCUACUUGCUGGCUGGUGCACAUGGCAUUGGUCCUGCAGAGCAGGGGGGGAGGAUUUCAGGGACCCCUGCCCCCACCCCUCUUAAUUUAAAGCUGUUUCCAAAUGGUUCAGUUUCUUCUGAAGAUAAAGCCUUGGCCCUGAAGGCCCAGUAAGAGUGCUGGAUCUUGGAGACAGUUGCAAGCUGGGAGUGUGACUCCUAGUUGCUUUUGAAGCCUGCUGAUCUGACCACUGAGCAUUGCAGCUGCUAGUUUUGGUUUCCAUCUUCCCCCACUGGCUAUAAAACGUGUGCUGUGUUACUCUAUUGAUUUUCUCUCUGGUUACCCCAGAUUGGUGGCUUAGGACUUGGGGGAGAGCCGAGAGAAGGGAGCCAGUCUUUCUCCAUGGCCUAGUGCUCCACCGUUGGGGAACAAAGACCCACAUGAAGACGCCACCACUGAGAAUUGGCUCUUCCAGCCCCACUCAUGGGGAGUGCUGGAGCAUGGCUUGGGGGCAGAGAGUUUUACAUAGGAUUAGGGUCUCGGUGGCUGCCGGUUUCAGCAUAAACACUACUGAAAUUCACAUAAAGGAAGAGAAAGCUGUGAAAUUGAGGUCCUGGCUGGAGAGGUCUGGGGCAGAAGGUGAUCCUGCCAGCCCGUGGUGUCCUCAGAGAUGGGGACAAGGGCCUUUGGGGCCGGCCGGCAAACAUCUGCCCCAGCUCCACCGUGAGGCCCACCUGAGCCAUUCCCAGGACUUCGAUAAUCCCAUGCAGAGCUGGAGGGAACCUGACGGGACUGCAGUAUGUCUCUUCUCUGCUGGAGUUGUCACAUAGCCUGUCUGUUCAGAUCCUGCUGCCAAGUGUGACUGAGGUGGGAGGCCUCUGGGGGCAGCUGGCCCCGGGCUGGCGUGGAUGGGGGAGGUUUGGGGGCCAAGUCUUCAGAGGAGGGGUGCACGCAGUAGUCGCACGUCCGGCUGGCUGGACCUGGCCUGAGCCUGUGUGGCUAAAGUGGCAUCCACAGGAUUCCAGUUUUGUGUCUAUCUCCUUCUCUCUCCCCGUAUUUAUUUUUUUUAUUUUUUGGAGGAGGUGCAAAUUGCAGGAGUGGUUAAGGACUACGGCAAACAACUCUCUAGUUCCGCCCUGUGGAGCCUGUCACGUCCUCUCCCUCCCCUUGCACUGGCGUCAGUAUUGUGUAAAGGAGCCACUCACCCACUUGAGUGUACAAGCAACGAGCCCACUGGACGUGCUGCUAUGAGACUACUUUUAGAACAACAAUAAAAGGAAAAAAAAAAAAGAAAAAACUAACCUACGAAAACUAAAGAACCUUCUUUAUUCUUUAAUUGUUGCUUUUA